AUGGAAUCGGUAUUCAGAAUCAUUCUGUUUAUCAUGCUCAUGGGGCUGCUCAUGUCGCCGGGGGGCAACCGCUACACGCCCCUCAGCCGCAAGGAGAAACGCCAACUUGAGCAACUUGUUGCCAACCACAAGUUCCAGGCAGACCGGCUCCGAAACCACAACGCUCACGACUACACCUUUGGCAACCUGACGGGGUUCACGUUUGGUUAUACAAAGCCGCGCAAGGGAGACAAACGACAACAGCUGGGCUGUCGCGACGAGGGAGACAAGGUGUCGCUAUUCCCACAGGACGUUCUCAACGAGGCCAGCUCAUAUUGGAAAAACGAAAAGGGACUGUAUCUGCGCAACAUUUCUGGCGUUGUGCGGGGCGACUGGACAGGUCCCGCGAACGACACACAGAAACUUCUCCACAUCCCCAUGCCAGUGUCGCAACAAAAUUGGACGUGGCAUCCUCACAACCACAGCGUUAGCAUCACUCCUCUACCAAUAGACCCCGAUGACGACGGUGGCGACGAGGGAGAACAGCGGAUAAAUGGCAACAUCACAGCCGUUGACGGUAAAGUUGAACUCGACUUCAUUGAUGCCAUCCCCAGCUACGUUAAUCAGCGCAUUCUUAGCUCAUACUUUGCUAACCACACUGUGCCAAAGGAGCUGGAAGCGUUUGCAGAUGUGAACGUGGUCACGUGUACAGCCCAGCUAAUGGGCCAGGAGUCCGACUCAGAACUCCACACGGUAGUGCUCCGGGGCUUGCAUUUCAAGCACUCCGGAAACGUCAUCAUGACAACCCACUCAGCAAAGUUCUGGGGGUACGAGGCUCUAGCGGGCAUGCUAGCGGAAAUCAUGCAAACGGCCGACCGAUCACGUGAAAGUACCGACGAUGCCUUCAACACUACCAAGGAGGCCAUGAUGCCCAUCAUUGAGCGGCACCUGUCGAUUAUUGGAGACACAGAUCAGGCUGUUCCUGUGUCGGAAAUGGAGCAGGAGGCCGCUGCGUCGUGCGAGUACAUUGGUGUUUUGCACGUAGAUUCCGUCGAUGCUAAUCAAUACAGCGGAAUAGACCUCCGAAACAUUGAGUCAGAGCUUCAAUACCCAGUGGGGCGUCCUCACAAGCGACCCCCAAGACUCCAAAUGAGCGGAGUGUUGUACUCGCCUGAUUGCGGCAAGAAAAUGACCGUUGGAGACGCAAAGGGCCUACUUUGGAAUGCCUCUUUGAUGAAACAGAACCAUGUGGUCGUGGCUGUCAUCUUCCUUGGAAUCAUCAACACUCUGCUGCUGGCAUUCCAGAUGCAAAAGGCGUCGACCCCUUCUCUGUGCUCUCGGGUCAGCAUCUGGUCGAUUGGAGUUAUGUCCAUGAUGGACGGAUUCAUGUGCAUGUUUUCGCUCAUGGCCAUUCUUUACCGAACCCAGCCCCAGUUGCAGUUCACGGCUCUUGCAUUUGUGUCUUUCACCUACGUAUCGCUGUUUGGACUGCGGUUCAUGCUCAACAUCACUCUGUCGCAGAUACCCGAGGAAUUUGCGCGUCCUGCUGCCAUCCAGACUCCUGGAGGAAACGCGCAAGACAAUACCCCUGGUGGGGAUGACACUCUUCCAGUGACAGAAACACAGCCUGCAGCCACCCCAUUCAUUCCGUCCGACGCAGACGUUUCCACAGCACUCUAUGGACGAUUUUACUUCUGUCUGCUAGCGUUUGUCAUCGUUACUACAGUAACCUAUGGAAUGACUGCUCCUCGACGAUACGUGAUGGAGUACGUGAUUGUUCUGGGUAUGGCGUCGCUAUGGCUGCCUCAAAUCUACAGAACUGCAUACCGAGGCACUCAGCAGGCUCCGUUGGCGUGGUACUUUAUGAUUGGCAGUUCCUUUACGCGUCUGCUACCUCUCUACUACGUGUGCCUGGUUAAGGACGAUGUUUUCAGACACCGAAUUGACCGGAUUCUGCCAACAUUGGCUACUCUAUGGAUUGCUCUUCAGCUGUUUGUCAUUUACGCCCAGCACAAGUUUGGUCCUCGGUUCAUCUUGCCGCAGCACAUCCUGCCCCCCAUCUACGACUACCAUCCUAUCAUCAGCCAGGAUGACAUUGAGAGCGGCAGUUACGGUGCGUUGUUUGAAAACGCCGCCAAUGGAUCAUUAGAAGACGCACACACUGACUGCAGCAUCUGCAUGAACCCCGUCGAGCUUGUGGUGCAGACGUCGGACGAGCAGAACAACAUGGACCCAGCGAAGCUCGUGGCUAGACGACAAUACAUGAUCACGCCGUGCCGCCAUGUGUUCCAUACGGACUGUAUGAGCAACUGGAUGAUCCGAAAACUACAGUGUCCUGUUUGUCGAAAUCCUCUUCCUCCCAUGUGA